AUGUCUGAAAUCAGAUUCAGCAAUCUCACAUGGGAUCAAGUUAUAACACUGAAUCAAGUGUUAGAUGAAGUAAUUCCAGUCCAUGGAAGGGGGCAUUUCCCCACAUUGGAGGUAAAACCAAAAUAUAUCAUUCAUGUUGUGAAAGAUCAACUAAUAGGGCAAGAAAUUAUUGUUAAGCGUACCCGAUUGAAUGGUUCCACAGCCAGCCACAAUGGAAUCAGCUAUAAGGAUCUAGAUAUUAUUUUUGGCGUUGAACUACCAAGUGAUCAGCAAUUUCAGGUUGUUAAGGAUACAGUUCUAGGUUGCCUGCUUGACUUUUUACUGGAAAGUGUUAAAAAGGAAAAGAUCACUCUAAAGACCAUGAAAGCGGCUUAUGUGCAGAAGAUGGUCAAAGUUUGCAAUAAGCAUGAUCGUUGGAGUCUCAUCUCUCUUUCAAAUAAUACUGGGAAGAAUGUAGAGCUAAAAUUUGUGAAUUCACUCAGACGACAAUUUGAGUUUAGUGUAGAUUCCUUUCAAAUUGUUUUGGAUCCCAUGUUAGAAUUCUACAGUGACAAAAAUGCUAAGCUAAACAAAGAAUCCUAUCCUGUUGUGGUAGUUGAAACUAUGUAUGGAAACUUCCAAGAAGCAAUGACACAUUUGCAGUACAAGCUGAUAUCUCGCAGAAAACCUGAAGAGAUUAGAGGUGGUGGCCUUCUGAACUAUAGCAACUUGCUAGAUCAUAAUUUUAAGCCAGCUUGUGAAGCAGAAAUCAAGAUUCUGGAAUGUUAUAUGUGUUCUAGAUUCUUCAUUGAUUUUCCUGAUGUAGCAGAACAGCAAAAGAACAUUGAAUCAUAUCUCCACAACCAUUUCAUAGGUGAAGAAAAUAACAAGUAUAACUACCUUAUGACCUUGUGUGGAGUUGUGAAUGAAAGCACUGUUUGCCUCAUGGGUUACAAGAGAAGACAGACCCUUAAUAUGAUCACCCUUAUGGCUUUAAAAGUACUUGGAGAGCACAAUAGCCUACCCAAUACAAACAAUGUAACUUGCUUUUAUCAGCCUGCUCCAUACUUUGCUGCUGAGGGAGGGUAG